AUGAACGAGAUUUCUGAGGACGAGUAUAACCAUGCAUCGCAAGGCGUAGAAGCGCUUCUUGCGGGCGACCUCCAGCGAGCUAUCCAGGCAUUUCAGUCGUCCGAAUCUCCUCUCGACCAACUUGGCCUAGGCGCUUCCGUGCUGUUACAGAUAUGUCUUUGCUUCAAGGGCGUCAACACACAGCAAGGGAGUGACGCGCUCAAGAAAGCAGAGGAAGAACUCAGUCGACGACGCAAGUCCGCUGCCGCAACUCCCAAAACGGCGAAUAGCGCGUCGAGGUUCCCGCCUGGUCUCGAGUGGGAGAUUCUCCAUGCCUAUGUCGUCGUCCUCCAGGCACUGUUUCAUACAUUUUCUCAGUCGUACUAUGGUUUUUUGCAAGCGAUCUAUGAGGUUAACUCUGCACACUCCAAGUUUGUCAAGCUCCAGAAGGUCGUCUUUCCUACUGGAAUAGAGCACAAGAUGCCGAAAGGACAUGCCACCCUAGAUGUCUCCUCCAAGGCCGAGAUCUCGUCCCCACCAACCACGCCUUCGACUCCGACCUCGGGAUUCUUCUCGCGCAUCAUUGGGUUCCGAAGCAGGGAAACCACCGCCCCUUCCCAAUCAGAAGGAGACGAGAAGAAUGAGCAACAGGAUCUUGAUGGCUUCCGUGAAGAGAUGAUUAUCUGUGGAACCGCAUUUGGCAACUUUCUUCCCCCAAAAGCAAGGUUUGUCAUUCCGGGCAGUCCUGCUAUGGUCAUUGAAGCGCCAAGACAGGAGUAUCGCUGGCGUAUUCGGAUACAAAACCAGUCACAGCUUGUCGUAGUCUUCUAUCACGGAUACCUACCCCGGUCUCUAGCUUGGCAAGCCGAUCUUGCAGUACUUAAUUCUGACGACCUGGAGAUUAUACAAAGGCUAGGGGCUCGUUACCCAGCAAGUCUGCUCUGGGUCGUUAGCGAGGCUCAGAUAUACCACGCGAAUGACCAACCCAAGAAAGCGAUUUCGCUCGUCGAAGGAGCUCUAUCGACUUCGACCAAUUCAAUCAAACUUGGUUCCACAUUUUCUAAAGGAAAUGAUGAUGCUCUCGGAAUACGUCUGGUUUCUCAUGUCCCAGGGUCGCUAUCUGGAUGCGGGUAUUGGGUUCUGCGAGAUGCUGCGAUUAAACGGAUCGUCUCGCAACCUUUGAGACUAAUGAUAGCUGGUUGCUACAUUCGAGCUGGGUACACGGAAUUAGCACAAGAGACAUUAAAACAGAUCGUGGCUUCAAUGGAGAAGAAGAAGAACGAUGGUCACAAAACCGAUAGCAACUCGAUUCCCAACGUGUUCUUGAACCACUGGAUGGAGCUAUGGGAGGAGAAAAGAGCAAGACGAGGAGACGAUGCCGAGCUGGUCGAUGUCAUCUCAGUUAAUCCCGUGGAUGAGUUGGUUAUCGUAUGGGACAACUUCUACAGAAACACAAGCGACAAUACACAAGCGAUAGUUUGCGAAUUGUGCGUCUGGAAGCCACGCAUUCAUAUUCACGAUUCGUCUAUCGCGCAGUAUGAGGGGGUUUCCAUAAAGGAGGAGAAAGAAGACUCUUUCGAAGACCUUGCGGAAUCCAAUAUGGAUUUGAACACUCCAGAUGAGAGAGCAUCACGAUGGCUCAUCCUUGGAACACUCUACGGUACUCGCGGUGAAUCCGAGACCGCCAGAAGCUACCUACGGGACGCCAUGGAGGGCGAAACAGUGUGGAUAAAGACCUGGAUCUCCCCGCUGGCAGCGUAUGAGCUGGCGGUCGUUGAUUUGCGUGAGGCGGAAGCUGGAGACACCGGUGCAAAGGAGGGAGAGCAAGAGACUGCGCAAGCGCGAAAGGAACGCUGGAGACAGGCAUUCCUCCGCGCGACAAGUUCUUUAGACCGCUGUGCGACGCUAGUCGCAGGGACAGCACUUGCGGGACGAUUGGAGAGCAAGGUGGACUUGACGAAAGACGAAAUUGCUCAACGGCGCGCUAUGUUGGGGUUGUAG